CCCCCUCAGAAGUAAACCGCCCCGGUCCUUUUCCUCUCUCUGUCUGUUCGGAUCCACCCUUCCUUUCCCCCUCCCUCCUCAAAUACAGUAGCGAGAGAGAGAGAGAGAGAGAGAGAGAGAGAGAGAGCGGAAGAGAGAGAGAGAGAGAGAGAGGGGGAGUUAGUGUAGGUGAUGGGCGACGACAAGCCAUUGAGCCCCAUGGGAAGCCGCGAUAGAGAUCGAGAUAGGGAGCUCCUCAUCCCCGUCGCCGGCGACGACGACCGCGCCGGAGACGACGACUCCAAGGCCUCCGCCUCCUCCUCCUCCGCCGCCAACCACCACCUCGCCUCCGGCCGAGAGGCAUUCUAUAAGGUGGUGCGUAGCUGGGCUUCAAAAAAGUUCAUGACAGGCUGUGUGAUCCUCUUUCCAAUUGCGAUCACUUUCUACAUCACCUGGUGGUUCAUUAACUUCUUUGAUGGAUUCUUCUCGCCAAUCUAUGCGCAACUGGGAAUCAACUUAUUCGGGCUUGGUUUUAUAACUUCAAUAGCAUUCAUCUUCUUGGUUGGAGUGUUCAUGUCAUCAUGGGUUGGGGCAUCUAUUCUCAGCCUUGGUGAGUGGAUUAUCAAGCGAAUGCCACUUGUUCGUCAUAUCUAUAAUGCAUCAAAACAAAUAAGUGCUGCAAUUUCACCUGAUCAGAACACACAAGCCUUUAAGGAAGUGGUCAUCAUUCGGCACCCUCGAAUUGGUGAAUAUGCAUUUGGGUUCAUCACUUCCUCUGUCGUUCUUCAGAGUUAUUCUGGCGAUGAGGAGCUCUACUGUGUCUAUGUUCCAACCAACCAUCUCUACAUUGGUGAUAUCUUUAUGGUCAAUUCGAGGGAUGUCAUAAGGCCAAAUCUAUCUGUUCGUGAGGGAAUUGAGAUUGUAGUUUCUGGUGGCAUGUCGAUGCCGCAAUUACUUUCGACUUUGGAUCCUCACACAAUACUCGAGAAUAGGGCAAGGGCUGGUAGGAGUUAAUUCACAAGCACCGUAUUCCAUCUUUUCCAAAUUGAGUGCUCUAUAGUAGGCUAUAGAAACUUUGAUUUCUUCAAUGUCUAGGGUUAGAUUAUGAUUUUCGAUGGUGUAAUAUACUUCGACUUCUAUCUUUAAUAUACUGGAUGUUUUAACCAGCUAGAGCUUUGUACAUUAUGUAAAGGUAGUUGGAGUGGCUAACUGUUAUAUGCUGUAUGUGUUCUGUAUUGCUUUUCUUUUUUGUAUGUGGAGUUUUACGGCAUUAUUGAGCUUGGUCGGAUGUUUGUUGAUUAUUUCUUGCUAUUAAUGCGACUUUGGAGGGGUUUUUUUUUUC